AUCUUUCAUCGCCAGAAGAGCCUUGGUCUCUGCCCCCGUCCGUUCUUUCCAGACCGCACCCGUUCUGAGAGUCGGCAAGGAGAGCGCUCUCNAGAGGGUCGCGCUGACGAGGCCGAGAGAAUCAAGAACGAGCAGAUCAGAAAGCAGAAGGAGGGCAAGGGUGAAUGGCACGAGGAGAUUGCCAGUGACAGCGAGAGCAUUGUCAAGGCAGACAGAGGUGACAUCAAGGCCGACGCCGACACGAUAAAGCAACUGCAGAAGGAGACCGAGAAGCUCGCUUCGCAGAAGAAGUAA